AUGUGUUCGCACGUAAACCCUUAUAUAUUCUCGCGUGACUGCAAGGCUCACCUUGAAUGGCUGAGAAAAGUUUUUGACGUGGAAGUAGGAGAGAUGCACUAUUUCAAGGAGGACCCAAAGAAAAUUAUGCACACGUGCGUCAAAGUACAAAAUGGUGGCACUGUUAUGAUGGCAGAUUACAUGCCUGGAACGUCAGAAAAAUGCACUUCAGACAGGGGUUCUGCAAUCAGCUUGCAGUUUGAGAGAGGGCAAGGCGAGAAGUAUUGGAAAAAGGCCAUUGAAAAUGGAGGAACGGUUGAAUUUAAAUACGAAGUGCAGUUUUGGGGAAGUUACUUCGGGUCGUUUGUUGACCCCUUUGGAUUCACCUGGAUGAUUGUUGAAAUGGUCCCGGACGCCAAAGAGACAAAUCAAGAAUCGAAAUAG